UCUGUUUACAUCCGGUACAGUCAGCCCUCGCGCCGCAAGAACUUGUGCUUAGUUUUGAAGCACAGUUUAUAUCGUUGAAUUCUUUAUUUUAAUCCUCAGAAUUAGCCGAAUAUUGCAGUUGGAUAAUUUGGCAUAAAGAUGACGGAGGAUGUGCAGAAGCACUCUGUCCACACCCUGGUCUUCAGGUCCCUCAAGAGAAGUCAUGACAUGUUUGUGGCUGACCAUGCCAAACCAGUCGCCUUGGAUGAGCAAAGCCACAAGGUGAAGAUGGCUGCCAAGCUGAGGGCAGACUAUGGUGCUGUGUUACACAUGCCUGUCCUAAAAGAAGGGAAGGACAGAGUCUUGGGCUCAGACAUGCUCAGCAUCCAGAACUACAGUCAGUCAGGAGAUGAUCCAGAGUACUUGGUCACUGGAACUCACGCAUACCCAUCUGGACCUGGGGUGGCAUUGACUGCAGACACCCAGCUGCACAGGCUUCCAAGUGAGGGAGGAGUUCAUGCCCUGGCUCUGACUCUACCAGGAUCUCAAGCCAGGCAGGACGCCAGUCGCACUGCAGCCGGCGUCGGGGACAUUAACAGGCAUGCAGGGGGAGCGGAGAGAUCCAUGCCUCCUCACUCACACGCAAUGUCACUUAUGGAAGGAGGUGGCACCAAGAACUCUGCGCUGGCAGCGAGGAAAGCACCCACCAUGCCCAAACCCCAGUGGCAUCCUCCAUGGAAACUGUUCCGGGUCAUCAGUGGCCAUCUUGGCUGGGUGAGGUCUAUUGCUGUGGAGCCUGGGAAUCAGUGGUUUGUCACCGGGUCUGCUGACAGAACAAUCAAGAUCUGGGACCUGGCCAGCGGCAAGCUGAAGCUCUCCCUGACGGGCCACAUCAGCACGGUGAGGGGCGUGGCCGUCAGCACCCGCAGCCCCUACCUGUUCUCCUGUGGGGAAGACAAGCAGGUCAAGUGCUGGGAUCUGGAGUACAACAAGGUCAUCAGGCACUACCACGGCCACCUCAGUGCCGUGUACGGCCUGGACCUCCACCCCACCAUCGACGUCCUGGUGACGUGCAGUCGAGAUGCCACCGCUAGGGUGUGGGACAUUAGAACCAAGGCCAACGUCCACACCCUGUCUGGACACACCAACACUGUGGCCACAGUGAAAUGCCAGGCAGCCGAGCCUCAGAUCAUCACAGGAAGCCAUGACUCCACCAUCAGGCUCUGGGAUCUGAUCGCCGGGAAGACCAGAGCCACCUUGACGAAUCACAAGAAGUCCGUCAGGGCAGUAGUGUUACACCCCCGACAGUAUACCUUUGCAUCUGGCUCUGCUGACAACAUCAAGCAGUGGAAGUUCCCCGAAGGCAACUUCAUCCAGAACCUCUCUGGGCACAGUGCAAUUGUUAACACCCUGGCUGUCAACUCUGAUGGAGUCCUGGUGUCUGGAGCCGACAACGGCACCAUCCACAUGUGGGACUGGAGGACGGGGUACAACUUCCAGCGCAUCCACGCCGCCGUCCAGCCCGGCUCACUGGACAGCGAAUCAGGGAUCUUCGCCUGCAUGUUCGACCACUCAGAGAGCAGGCUGAUCACCGCAGAGGCCGACAAGACUAUUAAAGUGUACAGGGAGGACGACACAGCGACGGAGGAAAGCCACCCUGUCAACUGGAAACCAGAGAUCCUCAAGAGGAAAAGAUUCUAAUGUUUUUUUCAGUGAUUUUUCAAAUGUAUUUCUUAUUUUUUGUCAGUAUCAGAUUUGUCUGCCAUGUCAGCUGUAAUUACAACUACAUCUAGUCUAAAAUAAUAGACAAGAAUGAGUGGUAUUCAUUGUCAAAAAUGUCAUCUUCUGUGUCAUGUAAUAAUUUCUUUUUUUCAUAUUUGAGUGUGAUGUUAGUCCAACCAGUUUUCUGUGCCUCCAAUCCAGUACCAUUUUCAAAUGUACAUGUUUGGUAUAUCCAUUUUCCUUUUUCAUUCAAUUCAGUAGUGAUUAUGACAUGCACAAUAAAGGAGUACAUCAACUUGGA